CGCACUAUGUGAUUGAUUAGCAAGAGAGAGAAAGAAAGAGAUAGAACGUGAGAGCUAUCAUAACCUCCUUUUAAGCAAGAAGAUAACCAAAAAGAGCCGACACAGCGAUAAAAUAUUUACUUUAAUCCUGGAAAAUAUAUUGUGCUCUAAAAACGAUGCAGGUAAUGCGGGUAAUGAAUGCCAAUGCUCUGACGAUGAGUACCAUCGGAUUCAGCGAGUUCAUCCCAAAUUCCGUUUAUACACAAUGUGUACGCUGGAAGAGAAAGCCAAUUUGGUUGCCCCCGGCAAAAUCCAAGUUAUUCCGUGUACCAAAGAAACCCGUCAUACCUGACGUGGAGAACCAGGAGCUUCAGAGUUUAUUUAAUCAUUAUAGGACGUACAUGACGUCGCUUAGGACACACAUUGAGCAAGUACAGAUGGCAAAUAGACAAGUACAGUUCGACAAAGCGGUUAUCAAACAAAUGGAGGAAGAAGAUUUUCAAGCAUGCAGCGCCAUAAACGACGAGUGGAAUGCUAAGAUAGCCGAGGAGCGAACGGUCAGAUUGGCAGAGAUGAGGAAGAGGCGUAAGGAAAAUAUCUUAGAGAGAUUGGUGGAGCAUGAGGAGAGGCAGGCGAGGAGGAACCAGCGGAUCGACGAGUGCAUUAGAAAAGCCAAGGAAGAAGCACCUACGUUUAUCACUGCGGAGAACGUGGACGCGGCGAUCGAGGCGUGUCUGGAGAACGUUGUCGAUCACAAUCGCGCGUUGGACUUGAAUGGAGAAUGGCACGUGGGCAAGUACCCUCCCGUCUCGAACCAACCUGCCGAGGAGACGCAAACAGCAGCUGUCGCCGAGCAAUAAGCUUAGUUUAAAAAACUGACAAUUAGACUACUCGGAGAGAUAAAAUAAUGUGAUGGACUUACUUUGCUAAAGCAUUUUAGAUCCUUGUUGAAAAAUAAUGAUAAUAAUUGUACGAACUGCAACUAUUGUAUCAAUUCAAUAAAUAUCCCGCGCGAUUGUUCCCGAUUG